AUGUGUCACAUGUUGCUCUUGUCAAAACAAAAUAAAAAUAGUGAAUUGUAUACGCGCCGAGCUCGCAGCUGUAGCGAAAGCGUCGAGGAUCUCGGUAAAACCGCGGUUGCAGGUACCAACAACAACGGCAAUCAUUAUCGGGAGGCGCGCAGGGAUUACCAGGCGCUGCGGGAGAAGUUCGGCGCCGAGUUUCAGCGGAAGCUGAUCGAGUGGGAGCGGCUGAAGGGCUCGCAGAACGUACGCAACGGCCUGCCGUUGAACGAGGAGCGGCUCGCGCCCGAGUUUCGCAAGAAGCUGCAGGACUGGAAGCGCGCGAAGAAGGGCCGCCGGUCCAGCGCGGCGAUCGAGCAGCAGCGCGUCAGCCGUCGACGGCUGACCGACUGGCAGCUAUGGCGUUCCUCCUCGUCGAAACCUGAGCCCAGCGCGGCGAGCUUCGGUAGCGACGGGAGGCAGCAUCUCUGCGAGGAUUUUAUCAAGAGGAUGGAGGCGUGGAGGAGGAUGAGCGAGGCUGCGUGCCGAGGUGGCGAGCGACCGAAGUCACCGACGGCGAAUCGCGUCGCGUCCGACGACAUCGACGAAACGGAGUUUCUCGCUUUGGAAAAGCUGCUGCUGCUGUUCGGACAGAGGACCAGGAUGGAACUUCGGGAGAGCGACGCGAGGCAGCUGAAUGACUGCUUCGAUGGCGAUUCGAGAUUCAUGGCUGCAUCUCGAGGUGUAAGCUGCGGUAACGAAGUGUUGAUUCGCACGUCCGUUGGCUCGUAUCGCUUCGAGGGUAUAUCUCGAGAAUUUACGAGAAAGCUGUACGACUGGGAGAAGUACCGCGGGAUAUCACCGAGGUCCUCCACGUUCCGCCUCUUGGGGCCGGGCUACACGCCGUUCGCGCAAGAUUCGGACGAAGCUACAUUGGCAGAGUCAAAUAGGACCCUGAAGCGAUCCAAGUCCGACGGCAGCGUCUUCGAGGGCAGCCUUCGUGACGAAUCGUUCACGCUACGUCGCUCCGCGAGCCUUCAGUCUCUCGCCUCUGCAGACAAGCUCGAAGACGACACUCGGAUGGACGUCUUACCCGUCUCCAAUAAUUCACAAGGGAUCAAAGACUCAGAAGAUAUGGCGGUAGAGGACUCUGAGCCAGAGGCGAUGAUUGUCGACAUAGAGGACGUUAUCGAGGAGACCGCCAGCCCCUUGGCGGGAGUGCAGCCCCAUCAAACGCCGGUGUACUCCGUCGCGGCCAGCGAAACCACCAGCAUCGCCGUUCCCCUCGGCACAGUCACAUCGAGCCACGAGCCCUCGCCGGUGUUCCUGGUAAAGUCCGAGGAGGAUAAGGACCGCGAGCGAUGGAACGGCGGAAAGAUCGGGCCGCAGACUUGCUCGAGCGAGAACAGCCCGAGUCCGGAGUACUUUCCAGUGUCCGAGGACUGGCGCGGGAGGACGACGUCUCCGGACGAAGACAAGCGAAACUGGGGACCAAGCUGGUGCAAGGAGAGCAGGGAGGACGACGACUCCGCGGGAUGGACCGAGAAAACGCGGCGCUCGAUUCCGGAUUCCGGCGAUUCCGUGAAGUCCGACCGCUCGGUCGGGUGGAGUCGAGACACCUGGGACGAGUCUGGCGACGAAGCGAACAGAGAUUCGCUGGGACUCGACUCGCCUUCCGCCCUGAUCUGCUCCGAGAGUAAAAACGACGCAAGGAAAGAAGAUUUCCUCGAGUCCUGUCGGUACAACCAGGACCCACCGCGCACGUGCGAGGGGAUGGACGAGACGUGCAGGGAGAAGAUCGAGGAUCUAGCGGAUGAAUCGUCGUACAACGAGCGGACGAGCGAUGCGAAGAAUUUCCGAGAUGACGAAGACGACGCGAAGGCCAAACGGGGAGAGAUAAUUUCCAGGGAAGAUUUUUGCGCUUAUCAAUUAGCGACAACGGUACCAUCACCGGACUGCCGUGAUUCCGAGGAAACCUCACCGAAAUUAUCGAAUUUAAAUUCAGACGAUAACAGGGAUAACAGGGAUACGUUGGAAUGCCAUGGUGUCGACAGCGAAAGUGAAGCUUCGGCACAUUACGAGAGCUGCGGUUCACCUGAGUUGCAGACCGACGUGGACCGGCACUACGAAAUUCUCACGUUUAAAACCGAUACGUGCGGCAACGCGAUGGACAGUCGUUUGUACGAGCCAGUCGACUAUCAAAUAUGCGGCCCCUCCUACGACGACGUCGACGUAGGAGGAAGCAACGGCGCAAGAGAGAUUUCUUCGAGGUUACCAGAAAUGAAGAAAUCAAAGUUUCCUUCGGAAACUCCAAGAGGUUUUUCGAUCAACUCGACCGUUCAGACCAUCCCCGUAACGGUCUCCAGGAACAGCGAAGAGCGCUGCCUGGAGAGAAUUCUGAUCAACAAUGAGACCUUGAAUAAGAUAAUCGUGCCUACGGCAUGCGCGGAGAGCGGGACAAGAUCCGUGGAGAGGAUUCGCGAUCGUUUCGCGAGCGCGAAUCGCCGGGACGAGAUCGCGACCGUCGGCGACUGCGCGUCUAACAACAAGAAGACGAUUCGCGAUCACCAAGUCGAGUGUCAAGUCAAGAAGGACGGCUCCGCCACCCGAAACGUCUUCGUGAAGACGAAGCGCAUGAUUUUCGGCCCGUUUCGUCGAUCGGAGGACCGACCGUCCUCGAGGAAGCAGAGCGACGGCUCCGUUGACGGUCGGCCGCCGCGCUCGUCGAAAUCCAAGAGCAAGUCGCGAUCGGCAUCGCCGAAGUUGUACCGGCCGGACGUUCUGCUGCGCGUGUCGUCGCUGCCGUGGCCGCUGCGCUCCGCGUCGAAGGACCGUGAGACUCCCUCCGCGGCUGAGUCCAGAAGAAGCUCAGCAAGCAAGGCGGAGGACGCAGUGACGGCCCGGGAAAAGAAUUCACCGUGCGACGAGAUUAAAGUGGAUAAUAAGAGAUCGAACAAACAAUUCAGCAGCAACAAAGAGCUACCAUUCAUCGAUGUAGAUGAAGAAAAAAUUCGUCAGUUAGACGCGGGGUUUGCGACCACGCCGAUAAACGCGUGCUCAACGGAACGUGCUUCUGCACGAGUUUCCGAGCAGCUAGAGAAAUCGAAAGUAGCGAUGAUGAUCGAGCGGGAUCAAAGCGCGUGUCGAACGCGGAGCGAGUUUAAGUACAGUCACACGCCGGAUGAUGUAGAACGCGAUAGAAUCAAGUGUAGUCAAGAAGCGCAAUUCGAAGGAAAACGCGACGGGAGAAGAACCCGCAGCCAGAAGCGAGAAGAGGAUUGGCAAGAGGAGGUCAGGUUCGGCCGGAAGCGGGACGAGGCGAGGCAGCAGGACGAGAAUCACGCGGUACCGUCGGACUUGAUGCACAAGCUCAGGAUACUUUCGGACGCCGCGGCGAGGAGAGAGGGACGAGCGACGACGGCGGAAUCCUCCUCCGUGGUCAACAGCUUGGAGUCGCGUUCCUCCAGAAUACGGCGUGCCAAGGAGAGCUUCCUGUCGCGGCGAGGCGGUCCCUUCUGCCGCUCCGUGACGGAACUGUCGGAGGCCGCUGCGAAUCCGGAGGAUCCAUGGAGACGGACGUCGACGAUCGCGGAGAUGUCGGGCUUGAAUGAGAUCGCGGUGGCUGCCUCGCGUUCGGAAGAACUGGAGGACGCGAGAAACCGAGCGGAAACGACGACGUCGAGUGCGGAGCGCGACACCGCGACUUCGGAGGAGGACAAGGUCGACGCGCGAAGCCAAGCGGGAGGAGAUCGCGCGAUCGACGGUCGAGCGGAUUCGCUGGUGAAGUCGGCGAGCGCCGGCAUGAUCAACGUGGAUCCCGACACGUUUGAUCGGCUGGCGACGGUCGAUCGCGGGUGCGAGUCCCUGCCGAGGGCGAUCGCGAAGCGCCGCGACUCCUCGAGUCCGCUGGCGAAGUUCGUCGGCAAGCUGAAGCUCUCGCGAUUAAUUCGCGCCCGGCACGUCGACGGCGGUAGCAUGAGCACGAUCACGACGUUGUGCAGGCAGAGUCUGUUGAUCGACAUGCGAAACGAUCCCGGAAAUCGACGGAACAACGAGGCUGAUGAUGAUCAGAAUGAGGAUGAUACUGACGACGAUCGUUCGGAUGCAUCCUCUAGAACGAUUCACGAAUGA